UGACUGUGCAGUUACUAAGCAAGCAAAGAAGACCUAGUCCAAUAACUCAUAUGCUACCAAAGAGGUGGCUAGUGGUGUUCCUAACCAUACUUUCUGCAAUCUCCUUUGCUAGUGGAGCCAAGCUUGGAGAAGUCAGUGAGCAGUUAAGAUCUGAAUUAAACCAAACCUCUCGUACUAGAAACCUUGAGAGGCACAUGAAUUCACCUUCUGCUUUUGAACAAAUGAGCAAUAGAAGUUUUAUACUCCAAGAUGAUCCGAAUUUAAGAAUUUACGAACGAGAUGGAGAACUGUGAUAUCUCCUUCACCCUGAUACUUCCAGUUCUGGAACUUUAAGAAUAAUCGGUGACGGGGCAUUGAUUAAGCCAUGUUCAGAUCUUAAACAAACUGAGACCGUAGUUCCAGAAGUGAAUAGAAGACAUCUGGCUGAUGAAAAUGCUAAAGAUUCAGACACAGAAGAGGAUAAGAGAGAUAAAAUUUCCUCCAUCAUAAUUACAGGCGUCACUGUAGUUUGAGUGUUUGGAGUCAUUAUUGUCUUUGUGAUAUAUAAAAUUAAGAAGACUAAGCACACUGAUAAGAUAAAGCAAUAUAUGCCGUCUGUCAAAUUAGAUCGGCAGGAGAACUACUUUAGCCAGACAGACUGAGUAAUUUGUCUGGCUGACCUCAAGACUGAGACCCAUCACAGGAAGAUUAGUUCUUGUGGGCAUAUUUUCCACUCUGAAUGCAUCGUUGAGUAUUAUAAGGCUAAUGUUAAGGAAAACCGUUCCCAGGUUUGUCCGAUAUGAAAGAAAGAUAUUGAAACUGAAGAGGUUGAUAUUGUGCCUACAGAAGAAGGAAUUAACAUUGCACUUGAAUAAGAUAAAAUAUACUAAUUUGGUAAUUAAAGGCUUGAUAU